AUGCUAACAGAUAGUCCAUCUUAUAAACAUUCAAAUAAGGAAAACUCUCCAAAAUAUUGUUCAGUCAUCAGAAGAAGCAACAUAUCUCAUAAACUUAUCAAUGAAGUAUUAAAUAGUGGAUCUGAUUAUCUACAAGAUUAAUUAGAAUAGAUUGAUCAAAAAAUAAUUCAAUACUAAUGCAAUAUUAAGUAGAAGAUUACAACUUUACUUGGUGAAUCUACUUGUUCAAUUGAUUAACAAUUAUUUCAAACAAAACUUUAAGAUUUGAGAAUGGAAGAAUAAAAGUAUUUUGAAUAUAUAAUUUAGCUAUCAGUAAAUGCAAUGUGAUAUUGAUAAAUAAUAAUCUAUACUUUAUGAUUAUUAUGAAACUGAAUUCAAUAAGCUUAAAUCAUAAUAUGAAUUAGUCACUUAAGAACAUUAAUAAUUUAUCAAAGAGAGAUGUGAAGUUAAUUAAAAUUAUAAUUCAAUCUUGGAAACUAAAGCAAUGUUAAAAGAAGAUUUGAAUGCUAAAUUAUUAUAGAGAGCAGAAUUAGUUGGUUAAAAAGAAGAAUUAGAAGAAUUUGUUGAAUAAAUUAAAAAUGAUCAUCCUUAACUCACUGAAAUUGUUGAAUCUAUUUAUUAAUGUGAUCAAAAGACAUAAGAUAUUGUUAAAAAUAUUAAAUAUAUAACAAAUCAGAUUUAAUUGCUGUAUUAUUAAUAAGACGAGAAAAAAAAAUAAUUAGCUUCAUAUAAUUAAACUACUUUACUUGAAGUUUAAGUACAUUAAUAAACUCAAAAAGUAAAAUAUUUAAAAAAUAAAAUUGUACCUAUCUAAAAAAGUUUGAAUCUAUAACAUCCAGAUUCUAUUCUUAAUGAAUUUAUAGUUUAUUAUGGAAAUUCACCUAUUCAUCUAGAAUCAAUUGAAUUUCAAACUAAAUUAACUAGUUUUAUAUAGUAAUUUCGAAAUAGUCUAUUUAAAUAAGGAAAUUAAGGAAAUAAUUGGGGAAGUAUGAAAGAGUUUGUAUUUUAAUUGGAACAAUUCAUUUUUGCUUCUUUAUCACAAAGACAAAUCUAAAAUUAAUUAUCUGUAAUCUAUAAUUAUUUAAAUAGGAUUUAAAACAAAAUUUAAAGUAAUAUGGUGAUGAAUAAUUACUAUCAAAUGAAGUUUGCACAAUUGAUUAUUAAGUGGAAGUUAAGAAAUAAUAGAUUAAAGAAUUUGAAGAAGAAAAAUCUUAAGCUCUAUAUAGAAGAGAAAUGUAAAUAUCUAUUUAAAUAAUAGAUUAUAUGAUUAAUUUUAAGAAAGAGUUAGUUAAUAAAAUGAAGAGGCAUUUUAAUAGUAUUAGGAUUAAAAUGAAAAGGAACUUAAUCAUAUAUUAAAUGAAUUUGGAAAUGCAGAAUAUAGGUCUAUCCUUGAUUAGACUUUCAAAUAGAUGUAAUAAUUGAUGCAAGAUUAAGAAGAAGUAAAAUUGAAUUAUAAUUAAUUAGGAAUAAUUUAAUAACACAUAUAAAGUACUUUAAUAGUAUUACCUAUUUGAUUAAGCAAUUAAAACAAAUAUUUAAAUGGUUGACUAAGAAAUACUUCCAUAAUUAAAGAAUAUUGGAUAAUCAAUAAAUAAUGCAAAAAAAGAAUUAGAUAAAUUAAGUGGAAGUGAAAAACCUUAUAUAGAUCGUUAAAAUAAAAUAGAAUAAGAUAUUUAAUAUUUAGAGUAGGAAUUUAAGAGAAAAAUAGAUUAUUUUAAUAAUUAAGAAUAAGAAUUAUAGAGAUGUUUGAAUACAAUAAAGUUAGCAAUUGAGAAUACUUAAGAGUAACUAUUAUCUAAGGAAAAACCUAAUAAAGCUUUAUUGGAAUAAGAAAUAUUAUAACUCAACAAUAUGUUGACUUAAUUAUAAGAACAAAAAAAAUAAAUUGAAGUUUCAUAAUUUUAGUUUAGCAAAUCUCCUUAAAAGAAUGAUAUUAGUAGAAGAAGUUCAAAUGGUGGAAUUUUAGCAAUUUCAAAAUCAUUAAAUUAGUUUUAGAAAUUACGUAAAGAACCAAGUGUGAAUAGUUUUAAUAAUAGUGUUGUUAAAGGUAUAACACCUUCAAAAGAGUCUUCAAAUUUAUAUCACAUUGCCAAAUAUCCAAAACCUAAUUGCAAAACUUCAUAAGAAUUAAGACUAAAAUCUAAUGUUUCAUUAAAAUAAAUAAAGUGA